UCCGCCAAGCCACCCGCAGGCUCCAGUAAGGGAAGCAGAGCAAGUAGGACGCCUUGAGGGAGGAGGAGGAGGAGGCGGUGCUGGUGGUGGAGGACGACAUAAUGGCGGAAGUGGAAGCGGCGGCCGAGGAGGAAGCCGAUGUCGAGCGGGAGCGGCAGGACAAAGGGGCACAGCCGGGGCCUGGGCCCCUGACGCCAGAGUCCGCACUGGACGAGCUCCGGGCUGUUCAGGUGGAGCUGGAGCCUGUUAACGCCCGAGCCAGGAGGGCCUUUUCUCAGCAGAGGGAAAAGCUGGAGCGCAGGCGCAAGCCCCACCUGGAUCGCAGAGGCGCCAUCAUCCGGGGCAUCCCCGGCUUCUGGGCCAAUGUCAUUGCAAACCACCCCCAGAUGUCAGCCCUGAUCACUGACCAAGAUGUACGCAUGCUUAGCUACAUGAUCAACUUGGAGGUGAAAGAAACAAAGCAACCUAUUCACGUCUGCAAGAUCAUGUUGUUCUUUCGGAGCAACCCCUACUUCCAGAAUAACGUGGUUACCAAGGAGUAUCUCGUGAACCUCACAGAAUACAGGCCUUCUCAUUCCACUCCAGUUCAGUGGCAUCAGCGUUAUGACCGUGUGGCCUACCCCAGACACCAGAACAGCAGCCUUAACUUCUUCAACUGGUUUUCUGACCACAACUUCGCAGGAUCUAACAGGAUCGCUGAGAUCCUAAGUAAGGACCUGUGGCGCAAUCCCCUGCAAUACUACACGAGGACCAGGCCACCCGAAGAGGGAACAGAGAUUUCAGGGGACUCCCAUUUUUCGGGUUGAAUAUGAUGGUGCGUCGGACUUCACCUGAAACGGCAGAACUCCUGAAAAGUUACUACAUUAUUCAGGAUGUCAGUACUCAACAUGGUCUUAUGCACAGGAAGCAAAAGAAAGACAGAUCCUGUCAUAGAAAAAUGCAGAUAGGAAGAGGGGGUAAACUUGGAUUUCAUGGAGUGAAAAUAAACACUG